AUGCGUUUAAAUGCAGAUUUCUUAACGCAGGUUCCUUCAUUUAUCAAUCCCUUGAAGGAAUCAGAAUUGGAUUUAAGAUAUGUCAGCGUUCGAUAUCUAGUUUUUGUACAGAGGUACCAGAUUCCGCUGAUUGAAAAUUUGGGUAUUCUUCGAGAUACCAAUGAUAGCAUUGAUUUUACCGACAAUGACAUUCGGUAUUUAGGAAACUUUCCUCGUAUGAGACGUCUUGAAACCCUUCUGUGUGGUCGAAAUAGAAUAAGCACCAUCGAUCCAGAGCUUGGAAAAGUCUUGCCCAAUUUAAAAAUCCUUUCGUUAACCCAAAAUCACAUUCAACAAUUGGCAGAUUUAGAUCCCUUAUCCACAUGUACAAGACUCACUCAUUUGUCCUGUCUCGAUAACGCAGUAAGUCAAAAUCAGUAUUACAGAUUAUACCUAGUAUGGCGAAUUCCAUCAUUACAUAUUUUGGAUUUUGAGCGCGUCCGGGAAAACGAGCGAUCUCGAUCUCAGGAGAUGUUUGGUACUAUUGACCGUCCUACGGAAAUAGCUGCAUCCAUUAUGGGAGUUAAAAGCCGUGUAUUCGACUUGGGAACUCUCGUACAGUCAACAAAUACAGAUACGAAUGCUACUGUUUCCACCGGCUAUGCAUUAACUCCUGAAGAGAAAGAACAAAUUAAAGAAGCAAUUAAAAAUGCUUCUUCAAUUGCUGAAAUUAAUCGAUUAGAGGCUAUGCUUUUAGAAGGUAAAAUACCAAAGUAG